GCCACCUCUACAGUCCCCAGGCCUCCUCGCCAACCCGGCCGAAGAGCGGCGUGACUCAACGGCGCUGCCACCAGCCCACGGAUCGCCGGAGGCGCAGGGUAUAAAGACUGCCCUGCGGGAGGGAACCCAACCCUGCCCUGCCUAGCCGGAGGCGCAUAGACAUGGCCCCAGGCGCGGCGCAAAGCCACCGAGCGGCCGGCUGGGGGCUGCGCGGCGCCCUGGCAGCGGUGGCGUUGCUUUCGGUGCUCAAUGCGGCAGGAACCGUGUUCGCGCUGUGCCAGUGGCGCGGGCUGAGCGCUACGCUGCGGGAGCUGGAGGCGCAGCGCGGCCGGGAACAGCGCGAGGACGGUGCCCUGCGUGCCUUCCUGGCGGAGUUGAGCCGCGCACCGCGCAGUGCGCCAGCGCCACCCCCGGACCCAGCGAGCGCGGCGCGCAACAAGCGCAGCCACCGUGGGGAGCCAGUGCAGCACAUCCGCACAGAGAGCCAGGACAUGCUGAUGAUGAUGACUUACUCCAUGGUGCCGAUCCGAGUGAUGGUGGACCUGUGCAACAGCACCCAGGGCAUCUGCCUCACAGGUCCACCUGGCCCACGAGGACCUCCAGGAGUUGAUGGGUUACCAGGACACAAUGGAUCAGAUGGACAGCCUGGUCCCGAGGGCCCAAAAGGCGAAAAAGGAGCAAAUGGAAAAAGAGGAAAAAUGGGGCUACCUGGAGCUACAGGAAAUCCAGGGGAAAAAGGAGAAAAGGGAGACCCUGGUGAACUGGGCUCACCUGGAAAUGAGGGCCCACCAGGGCAAAAGGGUGAAAAAGGAGACAAAGGAGAUGUGUCCAAUGAUGUGCUGCUGGCAGGUGCCAAAGGUGACCAAGGCCCACCUGGACCCCCUGGACCCCCAGGCCCACCAGGCCCUCCUGGGCCUCCUGGAAGCAGAAGAUCCAAAGGCCCUCGGCAGCCAAACAUGUUCAAUGGCCAAUGUGCAGGUGAGACAUGUGCCAUACCAAAUGACGAUACCUUGGUAGGAAAAGCUGAUGAGAAAGUCAACGAACACCAUUCCCCACAAGCAGAUUCCAUGAUCACUUCCAUUGGAAACCCAACGCAAGUAUUAAAGGUUACAGAGACAUUUGGGACUUGGAUAAGAGAGUCUGCCAAUAAAAGUGAUGACCGUAUUUGGGUGACUGAACAUUUUUCAGGCAUCAUGGUGAAGGAGUUCAAGGACCGGCCCUCGCUUCUGAAUGGCAGUUACACCUUCAUCCACCUCCCGCACUACUUCCAUGGUUGUGGGCAUGCUGUUUACAACAACUCUCUCUACUACCACAAAGGGGGCUCCAACACCAUAGUGAGAUUUGAAUUUGGCAAAGAAACAUCCCAAACUCUGAAGCUCGAAAAUGCCUUGUAUUUUGAUCGAAAAUACCUUUUUGCAAAUUCCAAGACUUACUUCAACCUAGCUGUAGAUGAAAAGGGCCUCUGGAUCAUCUACGCCUCGAGUGUGGAUGGCUCGAGCAUUCUUGUAGCACAGCUGGACGAGAGGACAUUCUCAGUGGUGCAGCACAUCAAUACCACGUACCCCAAGUCCAAGGCCGGCAAUGCCUUCAUAGCUCAGGGAAUCCUCUACGUCACAGACACCAAAGAUACCAGGAUCACAUUUGCCUUCGAUUUGUUAGGAGAGAAACAGAUCAAUGCAAACUUUGAUUUGAGAACUUCCCAGUCUGUUCUUGCCAUGUUAUCAUACAACAUGAGAGAUCAGCACUUAUACUCAUGGGAAGAUGGCCAUUUAAUGCUUUAUCCUGUGCGUUUUUUGUCAGCUACAUUAAACCAAUGAUGUGCUGCCUUCUAUACCCCUCUCCCCUCCUCCACCCUCGCCACCAGUACAUUUCAGGUGUUUUCUGGGGUCACUUCUAUCGGGACAGAAAACUUGUCUUUAAGGGUAGCCAGGUACUUAGAACAUAAUCUCAUAGCAUAAGUGUUUGGGGUCAGUAGGCCACCUUUAAAAUCAGAUUGCUUAGUCAAAUAGCAACAGAUUGGAAGUUAAAUGGCUGAGAUUCGGUGAGUCCUCCACAAACUAUUUAGGCAAGUUAGCUCUCCUUCCUUGGGCCUUGGUCUUCCUGUUAAUAAUAUGAACCAGCUGGUUAAGAUGAUCGUUCUCUAAUUGUAGGAAAUUUUGUGAUUCUUGGCUGUUAUUCUUCUCACAACUUUUACAAGUCUGGUUUUGUUUCCUGGUUUUUCAGCCAAAAGUGAGCAAAUUUACUUUUGAGUUGAUAGUCCCUAUUGCUUGUGCAGUGAAUUGCCCAGUACUGACUUAUAUUUAGCACCUUGGGAAAGUACCCUGACCCUUUAAGCCUUCUAAAUGCCAUGUUAUCCAUAAUUUAUUAGUUUUCUCUGAAUUUUCACCUGCCACCACAGAAUGGCCAUUGUCCUCAUCUUCAUGAUUAGCAAAAGCCAGGAACACUUGCAUGCUCAGGUUUCUAAAUGAAACAGAAUCAGACCUGAUCAGGUUCCUAUUACCAAGUUCUGAUCAUGUUGACUUACUGCCGAGGACCAUAAAUACUGAAACUUUGGAUCACUCUGGUUGUUCCAAUCGUAGCUAUGGGUUUAAUAUCAGAGCACUAAAUUCUGAGUUAGUGGGCAUUAAUCUGGCUAGAACCAUAGGAAUCAUUUUGCACUUUCAAAUGAGAGGCACUAUUUGUGGUUAUAAUCUCAAGAGUCUGGGGGGCAAACUAUGACCCAAGGACAAAGUCAAUCUGUUGUCUGCUUUUGUAAAUAAAGUUUUAUUGGAACACAGUCUCACUCAUUUGUUUAUAGGCUCUGACUACUUUUGCUGGAUAACAGCAGAGUGGAGUAGUUGCUGCAGAGACCAUAUGGCUCCAUAAAGUCUAAAACAUUAUUAUCUGACUUUUUACAGAAAGGGUUUGCUGACCUUUUGAUCUAGAAUACAAAGUGAGCCUGAUUUAUGGAAGGGUUUACUUACCAGGGCCUGUUUUGUUUUGUUCCAAACAAGAAGUGGCACUUGAUAUGGUCGGAGUUUGGGGUAGAAGGAAAGGCUGAGAACAGCAUAAAAUGAAGUGACUCCAGCAGUUAAGUGAGCUGUUCUUUCCCAAACAUCAUUUUAAAGGAUAUGUCUGGUCCCCGUGGAUACACGGGGCAGGAGAGGAUCCAGUUGAACUGGCUCCUAAAUGCACUUAAACAGGUUUUCUGCCAACUCAGUUUGAACAUCCUUCAGCCCAACACUGAGCUCCAGGCAGGGCCACAGAGAAUAGAAACUGGAAAAAUUACUGGAGUCUUGUGGCCAGGAAAGAGACAGAGGGAAACUCUUAAGUAAAGAUCAUCUGCAAAUUGCCCCAAAUUGUGUUUUCUAAGACUUUUCUGUGGGCCUAAGUUCAUUCUCAGUAUUAUAGUCCAUGAUUCCUGGGUCCUGGUUUAUAUCUUAUUAAUAGAAGCAUUUUAAAAUUUAGGGGAUGUGCAGAUUUAAACUUCUAAAUCUUCCCACCCCCUGGAAAUACCCAGGCAGCUGUUAGAAAUGUGUUUGUUGUUGUAUUCUCAAGACAAUUGAAACUUCUCCCCUUAUUUUUUAAUUAGAUUGGU